AUGUUGUAUAAUGAUAAAGAAGGCACGAAGCUCUUCAAUGUGCUCAAAAAUUUUGAUGACUAUCCUAACAUUUUAAAACAAGGGUACUCAAUAUGUUUAUCAUUAAUUGAAAGCUUCCUAAAGCCAUAUCGUCGGCUCAGUAAUACAAAGCUGCGCCAACGAUUGUUAGACUCUAUUAACUUAGAGCUAAGAGCUUUAUUGUCGACAACCGUAGCUUUGUAAAAUAAAAUGACGUCAUACAUCUUCUCUUUCACAGCACCAGAACGAAGGCCGCCAAUGUCAUCAGGCAACUACAAUAUAGUCCCAUUCUCAAGGAAAAAACAAAAGAAAUUUAGACACAAACUACAAAAGCUGAAGUCGAAACCAAAACAUCAGACAAAUAAACGAAAACACACAAAGUUCCGGCCAGAUUACAACAAUGAAAACAUUUUUAGACGAAGAUUAAGUUAUACACCUGAAACUCAGUACAAUUAUCCUUUGUUAAGAAAUAUGAAGCCGAUCACAAGUAUACAGAGACGGUACAAAAUUGUUACUCCGACACAUCGACACAUGUUAAGGCACAGGUCUACACGUAGUUAUAUAGUAAACCUAAUCAGUAGACCCACCAAGGAGCUCACAACUAAACUAAAUAAAGCUAAGAAUCAAGCGAAUACUAGAUUCCCUUUCCUCCAUGAGACAGUGCGAUUUCGAACGCAUUUGAGGCACAGAAGAAAUAAAACGUAUUAAAUUUAUAUAAUCAUAUGAGGGAUGGAAUUAAGCAGAUAGCAGCUGCAAGAAAGACUGAAAGACUUAAGACGAUUCGCAAUUA